AUGUGUAAUCGUAACUUCAGCCCUAACCAGAUCCCAAAUCUUGCUGGAAAGGUUAUCUUUAUCACCGGAGGAACAAAUGGCCUGGGAGCACAAUCAGCUUUACAGCUGGCAAGACACGAUGCCGCCCAUAUCUACAUCAGUGGACGUAAUGAGAAAGGCGCAGAGAAAGUCAUCGAACAGAUCAAGGAAACCGGGACCAAAACAGAGGUUUCAUUCAUUAAAUGUGAUCUGGCAUCCCUUUCAUCCGUCAAAGAAGCAGCCGAGCGAUUCAUUUCUCAAGUCCCACGACUCGACAUUCUCAUGUGUAAUGCCGGCAUCAUGGCCACGCCACCCGGUCUUACAUCCGACGGUUACGAAGUGCAGUUUGGCACAAACUACGUGGGCCACGCACUCCUGAUCAAAAAGUUCCUUCCAUUGCUACAGAAAACAGCAAAGGAAGUUGGCGAUGUUCGCAUUUUGCUCCUUACCUCCGAAGCGCUGAAGAUGCACCCACGGGGUGGUAUCAUCUUUAGCGACCUUAAAACAGUCCAAUCUUUUGCUGUUGGAGGUUCUUGGCAGAGGUAUGGACAGAGUAAGCUGGCUGUUGCUCUCUAUGCACGCGAGCUAGCCCGUCGAUACCCUAGCAUUCUGUCGGUGUCUAUCCACCCCGGCAUCGUGGGUACAGAUCUAGUUGGCAAUUGUGGCGUUUUCAACAGGGUCUUUCUCUAUAUGCUGGCGGGUGGGAAGCUUCUUGCGCCAGAGCAUGGUGCAUAUACCCAAAUUUGGGCAGCUACGGUUCCUCGGGAAGAUAUAGAGAAUGGCCACUGGUAUGAACCUGUGGGUAAGUUGGCUGAUCAUAAGCUAGGUGGCAACAAGAAGAAUGAUGUACUUUCUGAGAGGCUGUGGAAUUGGACUAAGGAGGAAUUGGAGAGAUAUUAG